GGGGUUCAAUUUCUCCACGUUUUUUUUUUUCAAACUGUCAGUGGAGCAGAUUAUCAAGGUAUUUACACUUGUCAUUAAUUACUUAAUCUUCUUGAUACAAUUUAGUAUAGAUGUGAUACUUACCUAUAUCUUCCUAUCACAAGGAAGUGGUGUGUGUUAAUUAUAAUGCCUGGUUUGGUCUGCUCUAAUACAUGGAUUUUCUCCUAUCAUUCUUUCACUUAAAUCUCUUUUAUAUGCCUUGUACUUGCUCAUUCUUUUCCAUAUUUAAGGUACUUAUACAUAGAUUGAAUGAGUGUACUAAUCAAAUUAACUGAGCAUCUGUUUCUUCUUAUUAUUUUUAUGCUAAUGAAUUUUGUAAUUUCACAUUAAUUGAUUAUUAUGUGUGUAUAAAAAUGUUUUUUUGUCACUGUGGUGUUAGCUUGAUAAAGACCUGGUUACAGGUCGAAACGUUGCUGAUCCAAUAAAAUUGCCUUUAACAUAUCACAGUGAAUGCCUGAGAUUUUUUUCAUUUAUAUAGAUUAUUUGGGAUUUGCUGACCCAUGCUCAGUGCACCCUGUGUUAAAUUAUAUGAUCGAGUGCAACCCUCUUCUUUCUCUUAGAGCCAGUAGUCAGACACAUCAAACAGAGCAAAGAGAUCACAGGGAUAACUACUCCGGCUGGAGAAGCGAAAAUUGCUCUCUAUGCCGAUGAUAUUCUUCUUUUCUUAACUAAUCCAACUCGGACACUGCCACUGCUGCUGGGUCUCUUGACCACCACAUAUGGUAGCGUGUCCUACUAUAAAAACAACAUACAAAAAAUACCAGUGAGGCUUUCAACAGACCUCCAGAAUCAACUCCACGGGCACACUUGUUUGAUUGGCGUAAAUCCUCGAUUACUUAUCUGGGUAUCAAAUUAACCAAGUCUAACAUCUAGCUGUCACAAGAAAACCAUAAAGCGCUGCUUUACAAACUAGAGAAUCCGUUACGUAGGUGUCGUGGCUGGGUCGCAUACACACCCUUAAAAUGAUGAUUUUAAUGUACAUUUUAUAUCUCUUCUGAACAAUCCCCAUUGCUCUCCCAAAUAAACUCCUUAAACAGUUCCAAAUCCUCAUAAAUGUUCAUAUUUGGAAGAAAAAGCCCCCACGGAUGCCACAGCACUUAUUGUGGCUUUAUCCAAAAAAGUACUAUAAAUCCUCAUUAAUUUUCCAAGCUCUAUCAGUACUGAUGGCCUCUUCACAGCCACUUUGGCUACCCCUAGAAAAUGCAUGUUCGGCCUCAGAUGUAACGUCACAUGUACUCUGAACGGCUGCCCAACCAAACCCGACAAAAUAAGAAAAUCAGUUUUAUUUUAAAUAAAACGAAAUAAUAUAUAUACAUACAACCAGGUCCUAUAAGGAAGCAAGGAUGCGAGUGUGGCGCUUGCUGCAUAAAUGCACCAGGUUCCCAAUACUUCUUAUUGGGUCGGCUGGUAAAGCAUGCUUCAUUCAGUAAUUGAAAAAAAAUUGGUAAAGCAAUGUUGGGUUGGAUUAUGUAGGGUUAGUCUUAAAAUUACUUAAAACUACUAAAAAUGUAUUUAAAUCUCAGACAUAGUAGACAUUUAAAUAUCAAGACUGAUAUGUGAAUCUAUGUUGUUACAAUUUUUUAAUUUUUUUUAGAUUGUAUUUACACUUAAUCUUAUGUUAGUUAUACACGAUAUAACAAACCUUUUCUGUCCUUUUGAAAUAUAUAAUAUGCAUUAGACAUAUGCAAUUCGUUUCGGUACGAAUUUAAAUCUGGAUGAAUUUUGGCAAUUCGGACAUUCGGAUGCUUCUGAAUUGCUGAAUUUUCGAAGUGCCGAAUUUUCGAAGUGCCGAACUGAACCAAAUUGCCGAAGUCCCAAAUUGCCGAAUUUCAGAAGUGCCGUAUUGCUGCAGUGCCAAAUUUCAGAAGUGCCGAAGUGCUUCGGAUUUCUUAAAAGUGGGAAAACAGGAGUGGGAGGGAAAAUUAAGGGAAUGAUGACAGGAAUCUAACCCUACCCCUUAGGGGCGAUUUUCGGAAGUGCCGAAAUGAACCGAAGUGCCAAAUUGCAGAAGUGCCAAAUUGCCGAAGUCCCGAAUUUCGGAAGUGCCGAACCAAAUUUUUUGCCCAUGCACAUCCCUUAUAUGCAUAUGGAUACUUAAAGAGAAUAUUUUAAAUUAGCACAUAGUGCACAUUCUAGUGCACAUCCAUAAUGGGUUAAGUUAUAGGUUAAUGUUUAGCAAAUCCCUUUAAAUUAACUGUCUAUGCUCUAGGUAAGUGGAACAAGCAAAACAACAUUCCAUACUUUGUUGCCUCAAGUUAUAUUUGUGUUAGUUUCCUGUUGCCAGCCUAGCAGUCUUUCAGGAAGGAUUGAAUGAAUGAUUCAGAAAGAAAACAUAUACAGCUAAUACAUGGUGCGUCACUAAUAUUUCUGAGUGUUCAGUUCAGUGCAAAAACGUCACAUGAUUAUACUCGACUAGAUCAAUGUUUGCCACCUCUUCUCUUCUUUCUAGAAGUGCAAGGGCAUACUCUCCUACGAUAUAAAAUACUUUUUAUCACUCCACCUAAAUUCUGUAAAAAACAAACAAACAAAAAAUACAAUUGCGAAAAAACAUAUAUUUUUUUUUUUAUAUAUCACUGAACGGUAAUGCAUACACACCAUUAAUAAACUGGCAUAAAUGGUGUGCUAUUAUUUUCUGAAAAGCUGUCAGAAGUGAUAAACUAUCAGCUGUCACUAAGUGAGAAGGAAAUACCCUUUAAAAAGUCUGAUGUCAUUUAUUUUAGUACUUCCCCUUUAGGACAGUCUGUUCCACUUUGUACCUGUAGUUAGUACACCUUUAUUCACUGUGGUAGCUGUAGCUGUGAAGACACAUUUCCCUUCUUAGUCCAGCUAUGAAUAAUAUAAAAUGUGUGGUGGUUGGUGAUGGGUAAGUAGCAUGCUGAAUGGUAAAAUUGAGUGGGAGGUGAUGUUGGUAAGAACAACUGUUCACGCUUUUCCCCAAUUAUGCCAUUAUUUCCUCUGUCUGUUUUUACUUGAAAAUGCAUUCAUUCAUAAGCACCAUAGCUUUACCAUUCCACUGUUACCAUUUUUUUUAUUUUGCACAGUUUGACACACAGACUGCUUACAUUCUUCUCGAGCGCAAUAAAUAUUCAUAAAGAUCUAUCUAUCCAUUAAUCCAUCAUAUAUCUGUCUGUCUAUCUAUUUAUCUAUUUUGAACACAAAUUUUAUUCUAUUUCGAUUCAGAUGUGAUUAAAUACACAAUUGACAUUAUAUUGAGAGACAAGUGCUGAUCACUCAUAUACUUGUUUUCUAUUAUUGCCUUGACAAAUGGUUCCUCCGACUUACCUGAUGAGACACCAAUGUGCCCUGUAAUAUAAAAAAAACAAAUGCUCAGGCACUCACUGUGUUGAAAGUUCAGGCAGAGCUUAAUGGCACAGCAACAUUUAAUCCUCAACCCAGAUCUCAAGUGCCUGAACUUUCAACAAGGUGAGUUCCUAAGCAGUAUUUUUAUAUUAUAUGCAUAUGGGGAGUGCUGACCCUAACUCAGUUCGCACCCUGAUUUUUGGUUGAGUGUAGCCCUUGUUCUCUUUUUACCAAUAUGCCCACUGACAUGCAGUCCAACAGACCGCAAUGCCUUAUUUACAGUUGACUAAUAUGUUGUUAUUGAUACUAUGCCUUGUUAAAUACCUACCGCCCCAAGUUUGGCAGUCAUAAGCUUCCUACUUAAGACACUGUUCAAAUGCCUGCAUAUUGUUUUACUUGUUUUUCUGACUGUGUAUGACGCUUAACCCCUUAAGGACACAUGACGUGUGACAUGUCAUGAUUCCCUUUUAUUACAGAAGUUUGGUCCUUAAGGGGUUAAACAGCAAUAUGUGCACUGUUAAACUCUCCCCUUGAAAACUUUAAAUAAAGAUUGUCGAACAAAAUUACACAAUUUACAUCCAUUUUAAUAUUAGACUCCAUUCUCAUAUUAAAAGACGCAAAUUACUAAACAUUGCAUCAUUUAAAUGUGCAGUUUCUUUCUGCUGCAAAGACAAAACAGAAGAUAAAAAAAGCCAAGAUAGUCUUCAGCAAUAAGUACAGUAUCCCACUCCACAAAUGCAUUUGGUGGAAAUAGACACGGACACAGCUUAUCCCUAAAACAGAAAUGUAUCUGGAAAUAAUAAUGGCUUUAGAUUAUUAUUUUAAUAACAUUAUACAGCAUGUGCACCGUAGUGUCUGUUAUUACUCUCUUAUUUCCUAUUUCUAUAGAAAAAUAUUUAUGAAAUUCUGGAGAGGAAUAAGGAGUGAUAAGUUAGUUUUAUAUUAACUAGGGGAAACCUGUGAUGACCUAUAGGAUUUUAUUAGUCGAUUUCUUGGUUUCCAAUAGAUCGCCUAAUAGAAUCAUAUUGGUCAUCGCAUUUUCCAACAAGUCUGAGCUCUACAAGUUCAAAGUCAUUGCGCAUGCUUUGUGCUGGCCAAAAAAACUGUGAUAUGUACCUGUAAUCUUUCAGUAUAAAUGCAAAGUUUCACAGAUUAUUUUAAAAAGUACAUAAUCACUCAAAAAGUUAAUGUUUUCACUUAUUAAUAAGUUAUUAAUAAGUCUCCAGUUUAGCAACUGAAAAAAAUAAAUCACUUUUUUUUUAUGGUGUCAGAUUUCAGAAGUCAUUUUGCAUAAUUUAAAAAAUGAAGAGUCUCAGAUUACAGUAUAAUACACACUGAAAUGUAAAAUACACCUAUACAUUUUAGCUACAAAUUUAGAAGAUAAAUAAAACAACCAGUGGAAUCUCCUACCCUUCUUUUAAUUUCAUUAAUCCCCUAUUUUGUGUCUGCAACUUUUACACUACACCUGUAUCUCUUGCCAUUCCUGUAUAUUUUAUAUAGUGAUGUCACGUAAUAUCUCAAGGGGUGACAUAAGAGGAAAAAAGAAAAUAUUUGGAAAGGGGAAAAUUCCCCAAAUCACUAAUAAACAAAUUACAAUGUGAGUACUAUUUUUGACUUUGUCUGUAGCAUUGUGUAUCUGUAUACUAUCUGAAUGAGUGUGUAUUGUAGUGUGUGUAUAGCAGUGUUUAAUUUUCUAACUGUGAAUAUAAGUGUGUGCAUACUGUUGUCUGAGUGAGUGUUUGUAACAGUGUGUAUAAGUUUGUGUAUAACAAUUUAUGCAUCUUGUGUCAGUGUGUUUAAACUGUGAAUGUGUCUGUGUGUCACUGUGUGUCUGUGUGUCACUGUGUGUCUGUGUGUGUGUGUGUUAUUGUGUGUAUAUAACAAUGUCUGUACCUGGCAUGUAUAAUAGAGAUGUAUAUUCUGUUUCCAUUUCUCUCACCAUUCUGUCAGAGAAAGAAAACAGCAUUUGCAUUUCUGGUAUUUUUCUAAUUCUGGAUAGCCUCAAAUACCGGCUGUACUGGUAAAAUACAGGUCAGGUGUCAUCCCUAAGCACCCACCUUGUGUCUCUUGUACCCAUCUUGUGUGUCUUGCACCUCCUGUAUAUCUUUCACCCUUGAGUGUCUUAAGAGCCCCCAUUUCUAAUAUAUUGUGUCUCUUCCACCCCCGUUUCCGUAACAUCCUUCACUAGUGUCAUUGACCUUCUUCUGUAGUGAGGCCUUACGAAACGCUGCUGAGGACUUUCUUUAUCUUUUCUUUUCUUUUUACCCAGUUUGACAGGAAUAUAUAAAUAUAUCUAAAUAUUAUACAACAUUUUAACUGAUUCUCAUUUUUUCUUUCUAUUGGGCAUUUAUUUCUCGAUUUUCAAAUAAAAUCAACAUUUAGUAACUGUCCCGAGGCGGUAAAGGUAUUGAGCCGCUCCAACCCCUAAAUAAAUACUCUUUUCAUAACUUAUUAAUUCAUCUCCAUUAAAGUUUCAAGCUAGCUGAUUGUCAGAUGUCAGAGCUACACCCUGACAUAAAAAGGUAAAACAUAAGAUGAGUAAAAUUGCUCUGAAAGCUGAUUGCAGUGGUACUAAGUCUGCUAUCAGCUGACACAUUGGCCAGCUUCAUAGUGAGUCUAUGUGCAGCUAUUGACAGACUCCUGGUCUACACAAAACUGGGAGCAGGCCUGGUAUGAGAAAGGGCUCAGUCUAAGUUGGUUGUGAGAGUUCCCGAUUCCUUGAUUGUCUUGAUUAAUUUCCAUAAAUGAAUGUAAAUAUUUUAAGGCAAAGCUACAAUCUCCUAAACAACUUCAGCUCACUGAAGUUGUUAUGGUAAUACAAGUGCCUGGGCGCAGUCUUACCUUCAAAAGUUAUACCAUUUUGCAAUGGAUUAAAGGGAUACCAUAGGCACCCAGACCACUUCAUCUCAUUUAAAUGGUCUGGGUGCCAUGUUACACUCGUUUUAACUCUGCAGCCGAAAACAUUACCAUUCUGAGGAAUUUUCUCCCAAGGAAAUCGUAGAGUAAAACUCUGCUAUUGGCACAGCAUUGCAUCGUCCCAUGCAUUGGCACUAGCAAUGCUUUCUUAUAAAAGGUAGGACAGUAGCUGGACAGCCCUGGCUUCACAGCAACUUCAGUGACCCGACUGUGUUUUGGGGUAUGAGUACUUCUUCGAUAUUACAAGAUUUCAGCUCUAACUAUAAUGCUAAUGUUGUUGUUUCUUACAGAGCUGUGGGGAAAACAUGUAUCUUGAUGAGUUAUGCACACAAUUCUUUCCCUGGGGAAUAUAUCCCAACCAUGUAAGUAUUUAACAUUUAGUUUAGUAUUGAGUGCUUUAGUAACUUAUACCUUCUAUAUGUAUUUGCCCAGUACAUAUUAAUAGAGUAUUUGUAUGCAUGUAUUGGCAUUAGAUUAAAUCAUUAUCUGAUUGCAAGGUGGAGUAAAAGUAUCUAGAUGGGAAACAUACAUAUCACAAGACUACACACAUAAGCACAUCGCUUGAGUAUAUUAAUUGUUUGUUGUGUAUUUAAUUUAAUUAUGUGGCUAUAUUCAUAUACGAGUAUGAGUAUGUUUACCAAUUCAUAUGAUAUUCCUUAAAUAUUCCUUAAAUUCCACUAUAGUCACCUGAACAACUUUAGUUUAAUGAUGCAGUUUUGGUGUAUAGAACAUGCCCCUGCAGCCCCACUGCUCAAUCUUCUGCCAUUUAUGAGUUAAAUCUCUUUGUUUCUGAACUCUAGUCACACCUCCUUGCAUGUGACUUGCACAGCCUUCCAUAAACACUUCCUGUAAAGAGAGCCCUAUUUAGGCCUUCUUUAUUGCAAGUUCUGUUUAAUUAAGAUUUUCUUAUCCCCUGCUAUGUUAAUAGCUUGCUAGACCCUGCAAGAGCCUCCUGUAUGUGAUUAAAGUUCAAUUUAGAGAUUGAGAUACAAUUAUUUAAGGUAAAUUACAUCUGUUUGAAAGUGAAACCAGUUUUUUUUUCCAUGCAGGCUCUGUCAAUCAUAGCCAGGGGAGGUGUGGCUAGGGCUGCAUAAACAGAAACAAAGUGAUUUAACUCCUAAAUGACAGUGAAUUGAGUAGUGAAAUUGCAGGGGAAUGAUCUAUACACUAAAACUGCUUUAUUUAGCUAAAGUAGUUUAGGUGACUAUAGUGUUCCUUUAACUUAUUAUAUCAAAACCUUCCACUAUUGAUUGGAGAAGUCCUUAAAAACUCAUCCCUUCAGGAAAGCUAAUGAUCUUCUUGGGUAUUUUAUUUCUUUAUAUGAGUCUGUCCCACAUUUAUUUACAUAACUGUUCAUCCCACAGUUCAUUUUAUAUUAAAUAAACACUAUUAUUUUAAUUAUUAUACACAUACAGGGUUAUUCACUAAAGUCUGAAUGGGGCAAAACCAUUGAGCUGCAUACUGGGCCAUUCGGACUGCAAAGUCUAGACAUUGUUGAUGGAAUUCAUCAAUCUCUGGAUUUUUUAAUUCAGACCUUGAAAAAGCAUGAAAUUGGUCUAGAUUUCAGCCGGACCUAACACCAAUGAGCAGCUGCAACCUGGACCAAAUGGAUUUAAACUGGGCCCUUAGCAAAGGCGUGCGCACGGCAUGCCUAUGUAUAUUGAGACCAGCAGGGGAGAUCUCAGGAUCUCCCCUGCUGGCUCAUGCAGAGCCGGCGCUAUCCGAGCGCCAGCUCUGCUCUCAGCAGGAGAGGACCCGGGGAGCUAUUGCCGGCAGCUCCGCCGGGUUCCUCUCGCGAGAAAUGAGAGUUGCCACGGCAACGCUCAAAUCUUGCGAGAGUGAACUCUAGCCCCACAGUUCACUCUCCACUGGACCACCAGGGAAAGCAGCAACAACAAAGAUCCCCCCUCCCAGGCAUAAGGUAAGAAGGGAGGAGGGAUAUCAAGUGAUGUACCCCCACCUCCACCCCCCAAAAUCACACACACACAUACAACACACACACACAUACAACACCCACAGACAUACACAGCACCCACACACAUACAGCACCCAUAGACAUACACAGCACCUACACACAUACACAGCACCCACACAUACAGCACCCACAGACAUAAAGCACCCACACACAUACACAGCACCCACACACAUACAGCACCCACACACAUACACAGCACCCACACACAUACAGCACCCACACACACAUACAGCACCCACACAAACACACACAGCACCCUUACACACAGCACACAAACAGCACCCUCACACACACACAGCACACUUACAGUACCCUCACAAACACAAACAGGACCCUAACAAACACACACACAGCACACUACCAGGACCUUCACACACACAAACAGCACCCUCACACACAGUACAUUAACAGCACCCUCACAAGCGCGCACACACAAACACCCUCACCCACAUAGCACACUACCAGCACCGUCACACACACAUCACACUAACAGAACCCUCACACAGCACACACACACACACAGCAGUGUGUGUAUGUGUGUAUAUAUGUGUAUAUAUAUAUAUAUAUAUACAUACAUACAUAUAUAUAUGCGGCGUGUGCUUGUGCUUUAGGGUGCACACCCUAAUGCAAUAGGCUGCGCACGUCUAUGGCCCUUAGGCUUCAACUCAUUAAACAAAAUAGUCAAACUAUUGGCCCGCUGACAGCACUAACAGCUAGUGGGCAAAUAACACACUGGAUACAGCCUAAUAUGGUACAAUAGAGAAAGGGGGGUAACCCCUAGUAGAAAUAGACAAAAUGUUUGAAAGUAGUGUACCAGUGAAACUGUACUGGGGGAGAAAGUGUGAACAUCUGUACUUUAGACUCCUAUAUCGAUAUACCUUUUCACUGGUACACUACUUUCAAACAUUUUGGCUAAUGGGCAAAAAGUAAAAAAAAAAAAAAAAACUUUGCAGCACAAGGGUUAAUUAUGUGGAGACUCCCAGAACUUGCUAGCCAGCCUCCAUAUAAAAAUAUUAAAAUAAAAAAAAAUAAAGAAAAUAAAUCAUAUGGUGUCAAUAAGAACCCCAUAUUGCUAAAAUGGAGUUAAUGUACCUCCACAUGCCCACAUCUGCCAUAUGGCAGAUAGGGCAUAUCUUCUAAACCUUAAAAACAUGGGGAUGGUUCCUGUGAAAUAACAGUGAGGGGGCAUAGUCCACCUCUCCUCCCUGCUCCCACCUGUGGGCAUCGGGAGGAGGCUACUUUAAAUUUUAAAGGGGGUGACCUAUUAUACGAUGGCAUGGGUGGGGGCUUUAAUAUAUAUAAUAAAGUUAAGAGACCUAUUGUGCCCUCUUCCCCUCCCCCCCCCCAAGCCAUGCCGGUUGGUUCCUUCCUUAAUAUUUAUUAAAUAGGGGGGGAACUAUUGUACACUCCCCUGGCAAAUUCCAUGGUCUCCAAUCGCCUAGCCACCCCCUAAAAUAAAGUCCCUAGCUACCUCUAAAAGUAUGGAGGGGGACAAAAAAUAUAAAGCAUGAUGAUGAAAAUUAUACUUAAAAUUAGAAGUCUUCAUGCAAUACUUCUCUUCUUCAGCACCAAAAAAGGCUAAAUAAAAAUCCAUAGUAACUGACUCCAUAAAUUAAAAUUGAAAAAAAAAACACUGGAAAAAAUAAAAACAUGCCACAAUAAAAAAUAAUCCAUCUUCACUCAUGGAGGACUCGCGGCAGAAUGAGUGCUCAAAGCGGGGAAAGUACCUUUUAUAGACUUUUCCACAUUAUGACAGCUAACGAAAAGCAUGGAAAAUUUUUCCACGGUUUUAAAUAUGACCAAGAGCGCUUUGAUUGGUUGGCUAGUAAACCAAACAGUCAGAGACUUCUGACCAAAACAAAUUCAACAAACAAGUGUACAAUAAGGUGGAUGGCGCUAGUAUAACAGGGAGUGCAGCUAUCCCAGUGUCUAUAUGCACUCACUAGACACACCAUACAGUAUAGAAAUAAAUUAGAAAAAAUAGGGGGUGCACAUCAAACCAUAUAUAAAAUAGGGUAAAAAUUAGCUAAUGCUUAAACAUAGUAUCAAUGAUACAGCAAAUCUAAAAAGAUAAAGAACACACUUUCAAAGCAUAGUACUGUAUAGACUAUUGUAAAAUUUGUGAAAGACAAAUUCCAACUCACACUAUGCAGAGCCACUUAUAGUAGACUCUGACUAUAAUGGCAUGUAGAUGGCAGAAAUAUUUAGCUGUUGGUCCUCCACUCUUGAUAUCCUCCUAAUGUGGAUCAGAUGUAGAGAAUGAUAAUAGGGAAAAAAUACUUUUAUUUCAACAGAUAAAAUAAAUGAUUAAAAACAAUCUAUGAAUCUAUGCAUUCACUGCAAUAAAAAGUAAAGAUAAGUCAGCAGGUAACCACACAACGCGUUUCAACUGCUAGGUCUUCUUCAGGUGUAUACUUUAUCCUGCUGAGUAUGUCCUUAUAUAUGUCCCAAAUGAUAAUUAAAAAAUUGGAGCCAUCUCCUGGCUUGCCACACGGCAUUCCGUUUCCGGGUUUGGUAUUCUUUGUUCAGAUUUGCUUCUGGGUUCUGUCCCUGCUGUUAAGUUAUGACUUCCCAAUGUGAGAAUGUCAUAUGUACUUCCGGGUUAAUAUGUCCAUCUCGAUCAGUUCGCUCACAAGCCAACGGUUACCUAAUAACGAUGCCCUGAUGUUGCGUACAGCCAUCGAAAAAAACCUGGCGUCAUAGAUAACUGAAUACCAACACAGGUACUGUAAUUAUAAAGGGGAACUCCGUUCGCCAUAUUUAGUAAUAUCGGGUAAUAUACUUUGAUGUCAAUUUUGCCCUUACAACUCCAAUAUAUAAAGGUAUAAGGAAGUAGAAAAAGGUGGCGCCACAGAGAUAAUAUGUACAAUUAAAUAUAAGCAAAUAGUAAUAUAGAAAUAAACAAUGAUAUAUAAUACAGAGAGAGAACAAUAAAAAAAAAUAUAUAUAUAUUUUUAAACAUACCCAGUCCUGCAAAGAACUCAGAGCUCAAUCAGCUGUUCCACUGCCAUUUGCAACAGGUAGCCUUCUGGAAGACUGAUUCCCCACCCACCCCAUGCUCAUUUCCUCAUUUAUAGAUAGUCUCCCACACAACUUUCAAUCUCCUGAAAUGACAGGUGCAAACACUGAUCAGCACACCCUUCCAAUCUCUUAACCCUAUAGAACAAAUACCCUCUCUCCCUACAAAUAGAUAUAUAUCACACACCAAUAUUAUAUACUUUUAUUUCAUUUUUGUUUUUCAUGAUUUGUUUCAUUUUCAUCUACACACCUCAUACCACUAACAUGAAUGCAAAUAUAACCAUACUGUUAUUCUUAAUAACCCUUUUCUCAAUCUAAUUUUGUUCACAUCACUACCACUGGAACACAAAUUAUCGUGCACCUGACAUGCUCUGUUCCUGUAACUUACCUGCUGAGUGCUGGUGGAGAGUUAUAAAAAAUAGCUCUCCGAGUCCUACUCUCACCUCACUAAAUUAUAAAGUAUCCAAUUCACUAUAUGGUGAAUAAAUUAUGUCUAAAUUUCUAUUCCUUAUGUUACUUGCCCUUGCAAAUGAUGUGGAGUCUAACCCUGGUCCCCCAGCUAAUUCUAGUCCUAAUCUCCCCACUAAAAAAGGCCUCUCUUUUGUGCACUGCAACAUCCGUAGCUUACUCCUAAAACUGGAUGCACAAACCAAAAAUCAUUGUGCUCUCAGAAUCAUGGUUAACGACUAAAAUACCAGACACCGUCAUUGCAAUACAGGGUUAUUCAUGUUUUAGAAAUGACAGAGCAAAGAGAGGAGGAGGCAUAGUUAUUGAUGUUGACAAUUCCAUAAAGUUUACCCCCUUAUAAAACUUUAGCCGUCCGGUCACCUUUGAUUUCCUUUCUGGCACAAUUGAGAUCCCAUGCAGUAAAUCAAUCAUUGUUGCAGGAAUCUACCGCCCACCUAGCUCCCCUGUGCAUUCCCUUUCUGACAUAGCCCAUCUCCUUAGUGAAACCAUAGCUCAAAACCCAAAAAGUGAACUGUUGGUCUUUGGAGAUUUUAAUAUUGAUUGGCUGAAUCCUAAGCAUAAUAGUUCUUGCACGCUGUUUAAGACUUUGCAGCUAACGCAAUUAAUCUCCUCCCCGACGCAUAAACAUUAAAAGCCAUAACCAUACCCUGCUCGAAUGGAUUCUCUCCAUUUCUCCUGAUAGAAUCCAGGAGGCUGGUGUUCUCCCAAACAGUUUCAGUGAUCACUGUUUAGUGUACUGCGUGCGCAAAAUAAAGGCUACUAAAUCAUCUCCCAAGGUUAAAAUAAAAGGUCCUUCAAAAAAUGUAAUCUUGAAUCCUUUCUAAAUGACAUCAAGAACCUCCCAUGGCAAAGAUUAAACAUUAUCCCAGAUCUAGACUGUGCUGUUGAAUUCUUUCAGUCUGAACUCCUACAAAUUUGGAAUCUGCAUGCCACGCUGCAUGAGGUGAGGGUAAAAGGAGCACAUAUGAACUGGAUCACAGCUGACCUCAUCCAAAUGUACCAGUUUCGGGAUUCUUUGUGGUGAAAGUUCAAGCGUACUGGCUCUAUGAAUGAAAUACACAAUGGCGAAAUAUAUGCACAAAACAAACAAAAUUGGUCAAGGCCCAAUAUUUCUGUGAAAACCUGAACAAUAACAUCUCAAACCCUAGAAACUUUUGGAAAGUCAUAAAUAAACUACAAACUCCCCCAAUCCACUCCCAACCCUCCACUUUCAAAGUGGAUAACCAAACCCUGCAACUUUAACCUUUUAGAUGUAGCAAAUGCCUUUAACAAUUAUUUUGUCAGAUGCUCCAACACCCUGAUUGCCAAGCUAAUAAAUGACACGCAUCCUGAAACUACAAAAGUGGAUCAGGCCCCACUAAAUUUGCAAAGACUCAAUACAGACAAGUUCAUUUUUAGACCUGUAUGGUUUAACACCUUAAUAAUCUAAAAAGGAAAAACCAGUCUGGACCUAUUCAAAUAAAUGCUGUUGAAGCUCAGUGCGCCGGCAAUUGCUAAACCCAUUGCAACCCUAAUUAACGAAUCCUUGGUGUAUGGAUACAUACCCAAACUUUUCAAGACUGCAAGAGUAGUGCCUAUCCAUAAAAGUGGUGAUACUACUUUGGUUUCUAACUAUCUUCCAAUAUAAUUGCUCCCAGUAUUGUCAGAAAUCUUAGAAAAAUGUGUCCAUACGCAACUAUGUGAGCAUUGCCAACAAUCAAACUAUCUGACCCCUGAUCAAUCGGGUUUUUGCCAAAAUCACUCCAUUACAACUGCCCACUUAAAAGUUUGCAAUGACAUCCAAACUGGCAUGGAACAAGGAGACCGAACUGGAGCUAUUUUCAUUGAUUUUGCAAAGGCCUUUGACACAGUAGACCACAAUAUUCUACUGCACAAACUCAAAAACUCAGGUAUUGGUGACUGUUCGUUAACCUGGUUUUGAUUGUGUCUAUUGGAUCGCUCACUAUAUGUGUCCAUUUCUGACAACGACUCCCUCCCUCUCCCAAAUUACAUCCCGAAGGUUCCAUUCUCGCCCCCCUACUAUUUACAUUAUUUAUAAUUGAUCUGCCUAAUGUCUGCAAAUCUUUAAAUGUACACAUGUACGCAAACGACACAGUAAUCUAUGCGAGCAAAUCCAAUUUACUGCAGCUUGAGGCUGUGCUCCAAGACAAGUUUACAGAAGUAGAAAAGUGGAUCGCAAAAAACAAACUCUUCCUAAACACUGACAAAAGUGUUACAAUGAUCUUUAGAACAGUACCUAAAUUACACAAAUUACACAAUUCCCACCUAUCCAUCAACACAAAUUCAAAUAGCACACUGACCGCAGUCCACUCUUUCAAAUACUUGGGUAUGUUGUUAGACCCCAAUCUAUCUUUUGGCCUCCACAUAGAAAAACUUGCAUCUAAACUUUAUCCAAAACUAGGUGCCCUGUACAGAAACAAAUCCUGCCUAAGCCCUACAGUAAAGGAAAUGAUUGUAUAGCAAAUGCUGAUGCCAAUAAUUGAUUAUGGGGAUGUAGUAUAUGCACCUGCACCACAAUCCCACAUUAAUAAACUCAAUACAUUGUAUAACUCGUUCUGCAGAAAAUUUUCAUUUUACUAGGGUCCUGACAAUUUCAAAAAUGAAGGGAAACAAUAUGAUUUUAAUAACCCCUUUUGAUGUUGUAAAUGUGCUCACGUAUCUGGAUCCCCAAACAUCUGGAUGUUUUUCGUACAUACUGGAGACCACACGGACACGUGACAACCUAUACAAUAUUUUUAGAAUUACAUGUUAUAAAUGAGUGAAUAUUAAAAUUAUCAGAAUUACUUUUUGAAUAAAAUGAUUCAAUACUUUUCUCUUUGUUUUCUGUCAACUUACAUCCCAUACAGUUACCGCUGAAAUGUAAUCCCUUUUUUUGUUUCCUAUAUAAAUUAAUAAAAUUAUCAUUUGCCUAUACUAAAAAACUUGAUGUUAAAACUUGUUUUAAAUUAAGAGCCACUCUAAAAAUGACCCUAGGCUUUUGUCUUUUGUGCAAUUUUAUUAUCCUGUUGAAGAAUUUGCCAAUUUUUCCUCAAGAUUAUUUUUAAUUGUCCUUGAUUUUCAUUAUAGUUAAAAAUUUGGGUAAUAAUUUCUGAAUUUGUAUUAUUUUCUCUACCUUUAUAUGUUAAUAAUCUAUCUCUGACAAUUCCUUACUUUAUUAAUUUUUCUAUUGAUACUGCCCUGUUCAUAACCUCUAUUGAGGAACUGUUGUUUUAAAAUCUCUGCUUGUCAAUUGUAUUUGGAUAUAUCUGAACAAUUCCUCCUCAGUCUUAAUAAUUGACCUCUAGGGGCUUUCUCUAACCAUGGAUACAAAUGGCAACUAUCUUUAUGAAUGAAACUAUUCACAUCUACUUCUUUUUUUUUUUUUUUUUUUAAAGGUGCAUUAUUUUGACCUGGUUGUUCUCUAUAUAAAUAUUUAAAUCCAAAAAGUUAAUAUUAUUCUUGCUUAUCUUGUGCACCAAUUUAAUAUUCCAAUCAUUAGUAUUUAAAAAGUCUAAAAAUUCUAAAACAGAGGAUUUGUUGCCAUGCCAGAUAAAAAAUAUAUCAUCUAUGUACCUCCAAUAGAGGGCAAGGAUCUUUGCCCAGCCAUGUGCAGAAUUUCUCCCAAUAUGCCAUAACUAAAUUGGCAUAGCUGGGCACGAACCUGGUCCCCAUAGUAAUGCCUCUCAAGAGGAGGUAAUAGUUUCCCUGGAACCAGAAAAAGUUAUUAGCCAGGAUCAAUAAGAUCCCUUACAAAAUAAACUCUAUCUGUUUCUCAGGGAAGAUAUCUGAAGAUUCCAAAAAGUAUCCCAACCCCUACUAUGUUCAAUACAUGUGCAUAGGCUAGUAACAUUGCAUGUAACCAAAAGGAACUCUUCUUCCCAUUUAAAUUCCUUUAAGCCUAGUAAAAUAGUUUUUUAAGAUAAGAUGGACAUGUCUUAAUGAUUGAUUAUAGAUGGAUAUCCAUGUAUUUAGAAAGUGUAGAUACAAGUGAACCCUGAUACAAUAGUUCAUCCUAGGGGGUUCUGAAUAUCCUUAUGUAACUUCGGUAGGACAUAAAUUAACGGUAUCUUGGGGAACUCAGUAUUUAAAAAUUUGUAUUCUAUCCUUGUUAAAAUACCAUUUAAAAGUCCCUUAUCCAAAUAUUGCACAUACUUCUUUCUAAUUUUUAUAGAAGGGUUAUAAUUUAAUUUCAAAUAUGUUUCCAAAUCUUCUAAUUCAGGGCUCGACAAAUCCCAGGCACCAGGUCGCCAUGGUGACAAAGAAAUUUGUCCUGGUGCCUUGGAUUUGUCAGCCCAUCCGUACCCUCCUCCUCUCUCGCCUCAAUUAUCAAUCUUGAUGAUCUCAGCCAAUCCUAUGCUUUUUCAUAAGAAAGCAUUUGAAAGCUAUUGAGCAUGCGGGGCAAAAUGCUGCACCAAUAAGCAUCUCCUCAUAGAGAUGCAUUAAAUCAAUGCAUCUCUGUGGGGGACGUUUAGCUCCUCCAUGCAGAGCAUGGAGAUUCUAAAUGAAGGUGCUGCACAUUUUGCAGCACUGACAUAGGAGACUCUUUAGUGUCUAGAAAGCAGAAACUUUAGUUAGGAGUUAGUUUUUUUUUCAACAACAACAAUACAAUUCUUAACGGAACAGGCUAUAGACACCAGAGCCAUUACAUUAAGCUACAAUGGUUCUGGUGACUAUAGUGUUCCAUUAAGAAUUGUAUUUUUGUCGUUGAAUAAAACUAUCUCCUAACUUUUUUAGCUGACUUCUAGAUUUAAAACAAAUUUGUCAAACCCUGUUCUAACUGUCUAUUAAUUUCUUUCAAAUAUUGGACCUUAUUCAUUAAGACAAUCCCACCCCCCAUAUCAGCUAGUUUAAUACCUAGAUUGGGGUCAGAUUUCUGAUCAUUCAUAGCCUUUUUUUUUUUUCAUUAAUAGUUCAAUUGUUUUUAUAUUUAUGAUUGUUAUUCUCUAACUGUUUAAUAUCUUUUGUAAAGGCCUUCUCUAAUACCUUCAUAUUCAUAGAUUUUAAAUGAUAAAAAGUGGAUGGAUUCUUUAAGGAUGUAUGUAUAACAUGAGUGUCUUCCCCAGUAUUAUCUAUUCAGAUUAUAUUGUCUUACCCUUUAAUUUUUUUUCCUUAAAAACCUAUUAAUAUUAAUAAAAGUAUCAAAUGAAUUAAUAAAAUUACUUGGAUCAGAGUUCUGACUGUCAAGUCUUGAGUGUCAUGUCUUGAGAGAAGUGAGACACCAGAAGUGUUGUCUAGAUAUUCACUCCAUGCUAACUGCUUGAGAUUUAUUUAUUUAUAUAGAUUUUUUUUUUAAAUAGUUUUGAUAACUAUGCGGCUAACUUGAUGGUUGAUGGAAAACCAUUGAACUUGGGCUUAUGGGAUACAGCAGGGCAGGAAGACUAUGACAAACUGAGGCCCCUCUCAUACCCACAAACAGUAAGUGCACCAAAAAAGAAACAAUGGGUACUAGAUGGUGAUAAUAUUUUGUUAUAAUUUGUGCAGGUUUACAUGUGCCAGAGGUAAGCUGUUUUGCUGAUAUUGAUCUGAUCAGUGCAGUCAGGUGACUUUAAAUUGUUUAACCUGCAUGAAUAACAAAUAAUUUGCUUUCCCCUAUUUUCGAUCCGCUUCAUUUCCCCUUGUGAUUUGUGUUUAUUUAAGAUUUUUUUUUUAUAAUUUCAAUUUUUAAAAAGCCAUACCAAAACAAGGAAAACACUUCAUUGGGCUUUAUUAUUUAAAGAGCAAAUUGCUCUAAAUAAAAAAAAAAAACCAACUAAAUUGCAGGUAAAAAAAAAAACUAAGCUGGCAUUAUAGCUGAGUUGUAGAAAUUAGAUAUUUUUGACUAACAUUUUACAAAUUUUUCAGUUUUUACAUUUCACUAAAAUUCACUGAAUUCAAUAACUGCUAAUUCGUUAAUUUUUUAUUUUUUUUAGGAUGUUUUUGUGAUCUGUUUUUCACUGGUGAGCCCAGCAUCAUAUGAAAAUGUUCAAAGCAAGGUCAGUAUUGUUUAAUUUACUAAACAGAAAAACUGCCCUAGUCUGGCCUAUCCACUCCUCUCAUUUUCCCCCCUUUUUUUUUUAUAUUCUUUAUUUUGAUAGUGCAAUGAGGUUAACAGUCGUACCCGCAGUGCCACAACAGCAACUGCUGGCUUUUCAUGGUAUACAGUGUCAUGACAUCGUCGUAAGUUGCACAAUUUGAUAGGUUAACUGGUCGAUACAAAUCGUACUAUGUUACAGGUAGUGAUUAGUAGUAAGUAAAUAGCUAGAUAUCGUUAACAAACAAUACAGAAUUAAGUGUUGAUAAAAAAAUAUAUAUAUUUCAAGUUAUUUAGGUCAAAACCAAAUCCACUGAAGAUGUGUUGACAAUUGCUCAGAGUAAUUGAACUGAGCAAAGUGAAGAUUACAAACUAAUAGCCAUGUAUGUCAACCUCCAUAAUAAUUUUUAGAGUAAACAAUGUGUUAUUACAUAUUGCAAUAGUUGCUAAGAUUUCAUUUAAUCAAUAAUUCAUUCAAAACAAAGUUGAUGGCCAUGGGCUGCCUGCAAUAUAGCUUCUCUCACUACAUCCUACUUCCACUGCAGACCAAAAAAAGCAGCAGUUGAUGAGAGCUGGGAAGAUAUGAUGUCAUAUUCCUAUCUCCUCUAUCAACUGGAGCUUCACAACAUGAGUUUGCUGGGAGAACUGCAUGAACGAGAAUGUAUGAGAGAAGACUGACACAAAGCCGCUUCCACACACAAACCGCAUCUCACUACACUAUCAGAGUAAGGAGAUGGUAGGAAGGAUGGCUACAUUACCAGGGCAAGAAAAUGGGAGGAAGGAUGACCAUAGUACCAGUGUAAGGAGAUAGGCGGAAGGAUGACUAUACUACCAGGGUAAGCAGAUAGGAAGAAGAACCACUAUACCUUCAAGAUACGGAGUUAAGAGGAUGGAUAACUACACAAACUGAGUAAGGAGAUGAGAUGAAUAACCACUUUACCACCAGGGUAAGGAGAUGAGAGAAAGGACCACUUUACCACCAUGGUAAGGAGAUAGGAGGAAUAACCACUUUGCCACCAGGAUAAGGAAGUGUGAGUAAGGACCACUUUACCACCAGUGUAAGAAGAUGGGAUAAAGGAGCACUUUACCACCAGGGUAAGGAGAUAGGAGGGAUAACUACUUUGCCACCAGGGUAAGGAGGUAUGAGUAAGGAACACUUUACCACCCGUGUAAGGCAAUGGGAGGAAGAAUGACAAUUCCUUCAAGGUAAGGAGAUGGGAGGUAGGAUGAUUUCAUCACCAGUGUAAGGAGAUGAAAGAAAGGACAUUAUAUUUUUAUUUUAGCAAAUUAGAUUUUUGAUACAGGUUGUGCAAAAAUCUCACGUGAGUAAGAUUAGUAAUUGGAAGAGCAUGAGAAAUUGCAGAGAAGAAACAAGAAGGAAGAAAAAGGAGAAGAAAGAAACUGGAAGAAAAAAAAGAAGAGCAGAAUGUUCACAAAAGGUUAAAACUGUAUAGAGGGUGUCCAAGUUGGCAGAGUUGAGGAAGUCAGUUCGUAGGACUAGGUUGCUUAACCAGAGUACAUGUCCCACGUCUAUGGGCUUUGUUGCCUACAUGUCGCUCGUGUGUGUCAAUGUAACCAUCCUGUAUAUAUAACAUUAUUAACAUAGUAGUAACAUAAACUUUUCCUGGGGAAGGGUUACAGAAAGGAAACAUUAGGGUGUUAGGUUCACAUUGUUACUGUUCAGUUAACAUGACUUGCUGCCUGUGUUCUGGAGCCAUAGCUGGUCGUUUGUUGUACCCCUUCAGUAGUGGGGUGUAUGUGUGUGCCAUCGUUAGCUAUGUGUGUGCACCCGUUAGCCCUUUACUGGCAUUUUGUUGGUUGGAAAGCUGGUUAGUAGAUGUUUGGAUACCACCAACUCUUUCAUAAAAGCAACUUUGACUGUCUGGCAUUUCCUGGAACAAACCUUGGACUUAUUCUCUUUUCCCUCGCCAUUAACUCUACUGUUUUUAAAUUCCUUCUUGCCUCCUGAGUUAGAACCAAAGCCUUCCAUGCAUUAUUUUUAUACAUGAUACCCCAGGCCCAUCAUAUACUUUUGCCAUAGUAAAAUUUAAUACAAGAAUCUGCCCCUAAUUUUAUGCAACAAUUUCGGUAUUACCAGAUCAUUGCUUAUCUGACAGACUUCACACAGUGCCAUUGCAUUGUACAGCACUUGUCAAACUUAGAGGCAUUGUGCCUCAAGACUGACCCUCUGUAGCAUGGGGUCUCUUUUCUGUACUCCAGCCUUUAGCACCAAAGUAAUUCUCUUAUACCUAAUUUCUGUGGUAGAUAGCCUUAAAAACCAUGUUAUUGGCUCCCCAAUAGAACAACAUUUUUGAUUUAGUGCACCAUUGCUCCCUGCCGAGCAAAAUACAGGACUCCUCCUAUAAGCUCUUGUAGCGAACCACCAGUAUAUCACCGCCACGGAUUCCCUUUCACAAAAUGACGUAGCUCCAACAAUCAUCAAAUUAAAUAUCACUGGUUUCUCCUUUCCCCCCACACAUUAGUCGAGACUGAAUGCUGGGUGUAGAUCUGUUUAAUGCAGGCAAGCACUCUCAAUUUAUACAUACAGUAAACUCCUUCCCUGUGCCUGACAGAUAAUUGAGUCAGGAAAACUCAAUUAUCUUCCAGGUAUAAAAAAAAAAAUAACACAUUUUGAACACCCCAAAAGUACCCCCAAAAUACAUAGAAACCCCUCGAGAGUAACAUGCUCGGAUGGCUCUCAUCUGAGGGCCUAUCAUAUCCAAAAAGCACUCAGAUUGCUUUGGUGGUUUGGAUUUUCCAUUAAGGUACAAUUUUGACCAGCUGUCCAUGAGAUAGAAGCUCAAAACAGUUCCAGGGAAAUCGUGGCAACAGCCAGCCUCAGUUCAAGUGUUUUUAUACGAAAAACAUACAUAAUAUGCGAAUGCCGUUCGUUUAGGUGGUCGGGAAGUUGAACGAGCAGCAGUUCCAUAUUCACCCGUGUUUGCGGGAGUGCCUAGCCGAAAUAAGUUUCAGGCACUCGAUGACCAGGUACCGCUGCCUGCGUUCAGGAGACAAAAUGGCCCAGGAGAGCUUUUUAGUAAUAGUUUCCUUUGAGGUUUCAAGUUCUAAUUAGAUGUUGGGGUGGUCUUCCUUCAGGAACCGAACCAGGGGAAUUUCGUAUGAACAAACGAACAGGGGAAAACGAUUACAACCGAACCAAGUGAUGGGGCAUUCCUUCAUAGUUCCUAUCUCUGUGGUAUAGAACUCCACAGGCCCUAUUCAGGUUUGAUUUCUCUCAGGAUUGUGGAUGCUGGAGAUGCCAUGAUUCCCCGUCACCUUGGCCAUACAUGGUGGGAUUGCCCAAAGAUAAUUUUGUUAUGGGAAAGAAUACAUGACAAACAAAUCAAACAAUUCACUGAACAUCAUCCUCCAUUUCAGCUGGAGGUUCAUUCUACCCCAUGCCUCUGCGGCGACCUUUGUGGUGACCUCUGUGGUGACCUAAGGUAAAAAAAAUCAAUUGAAUAUUACUAAACACUCUAUUCCUCGAUGUAGGGUAAACCAGACACACUGCUAUUGAUACUACAGGAUGGAAGACUUCAAGACAAUGGAGACAAUGGAGAUGCUCACAUUCAGCACCUCAGGCCAUACUCAAACAUAUAUGGCAAUAUGGACACAAUGGAUAACCACAAAAAAAAAUGCUAGUUUUCAGGCAUAUCUCAAUAGGCCUUACACUCUUUUUUGGGUUUACUGGGGAGCUUGGGCUGCUUUGUUUGAGAAGUUGGAUGAUACGGGGACUCAAACUCUUUCUCCCUCUUUCCCUGUCCUUCUUCUCUAUAUUUUAUUUCCCUUUUCUUUACUAUUUACUUUUUUUGCUUCUUCAUCACUUCUCUUGGCAACACAUUUUUUACUGGAAAAUUAUUUAAUUAGGUUUCUUCUUUUGAAAAGCUUCUAAGAGUUCGAUAUCUGAAGCUUGAUUAUGCCAUUGAUUAUCUGUAGAGUUUUUCUUUCCCAUUUUUUACUUUUUUUGCAACUUUUUAAAAAAAUCUUUAUUUUUGAAAGUGCAGCGUUAAAUACAUAGGUCAGUGAGUACAAGUGAUAUUACAUUUAGUAGGCAAUUGGUAACCUUAACCGGAACAGAUUCAGGAUGCGCUGCACUUUUUUUUGUGUGAAGAAAACAAGAGUAAACAUAGACAGGCAUAGCAGAAUGAAAGGAACUAACAGGCUAUACAUGCUGUCUAUACCACUUUAGUUUCGAUUAUAAUGUUGGGUUACAAGCUAGUGUUGAACUGUGAACAAGUUCUAUCAUCAUGCUUUACUAACUAAUGUAAGUGCCACCUAGCACUGGUUGCUUUAAGUUAUAGAUUAUCUGCCCCAAGACAAGAGAGGAACGUGAUUACGGGGGGCCACACAUGUAAGAUAUCACAUUUUUAACCCAUGCACGUCUCACAUAUAGCGCUCCUGUGACUAAAAUAAGAGCUCAGGUCUCGCAGUUUCGCACCACACCUGCCCCUGGCUGUAGUAGAGUCCAGCUCCCCAGUCUUCCAUGCCCCGUUUUGUGUUGCGGUCAGGGUUUUGCUUCAUGUUCGUCCGACCGGCAGCUCCUUCUCCUGUGGAUCGCUCUAGGGUGUGAGUUGUCUUUGUGGGAUUGUCCCAUUGUGGACCCUGGCCCAGAUGGGUAGUGUUCCGUAGCAGGAUAGGGCUAGUAGCUUCUAAGUGUCUUCGCUUCAUGGGCGACUGGGCCGCUGCAGAUUUGCAUCUGGCCGGUCCUGAGGGGGUAGGCUGGGAUGUAGCAGUUGCUGCUGCAGAUUUCUCCCUUUGACGUUGGGUCGGAGACCAAAGCCAAAGGUGAUCAAAUAGCUUGUUUAUCUUCCUGUGAGGCCCACUUCGCGGAUGCCCGGCAACCAUUAGGCGUCCCGCCAACGGCCAUCUUAGUGCGUGUGGUGCCAGGAGUCAGCCCAGCGGGGACUGCCAUUUCCUGCUUGGGUGAGCGGAUCAGCGCCUUGGUGGGGACCGGGAUAACCCCCCUGGUCCAAAGGGGGGGGGGAAACAGGGCCGGUGAGAUGAUCCACCACAGAACCGCACCAGGCAGUCAGUAAGUAAGUGAGGCGGCUGCCGUCCACCCCACCCCCCGCUCCGGUAGGCCGCAGGCUCCGGAUACACAAUCUCCUAACAGGGCUUCACAGUAUCCAGACCGGAGCCCCGUCGGUCAUACAGUUGGAGAUUGGAAUGAUAUAUUCAUUUGGGAGGGCAUGUGACUAUACAUUGAGUUAAUAUGGCUUGGGAAAAUGUGUCAAAUUGCUGAGGUGAUGAAUGCGAGGAAUCAGGUAUUAGUGCAAUUUAAUAUAAGGUCACACUGUUGGAACAGUACUUUGAAUGCAAUUAAGGGUGUGCAGAAGAGCAAUAAAUAAUGGACAAGACUGUGAAAUAGGAGAAAUUGAAUGUAGAAGCCGCAGGAGAACUUAAAUAUGAAUUUGGGUGGCUUUCAUGUUGUUGUAAUGGAUGUGGGAAGUGCAUAGCUUGGAUUUAGCUGUGGUGUGGGAUUUGGGUGAGUGAAGCAGGGGCAGCAAUUUGUCCAUGGACCUAAGUGGCAUGGUGUAUUGGCCUAGAUCUAGAUGAAAAGAUAUUUUAAAAGUUUAAGUACUAUUCACAAAUUGUUUUUUUUAUUAUUUUCUCUUAGUGGUAUCCAGAAGUUAAACAGCAUUGCCCUAAUGUUCCUAUUAUUCUAGUUGGAACAAAGCUUGAUCUUCGUGAUGACAAAAAGAUCAUUGAAGAACUUAACAAGGUCAAGCAGUCCCCAAUAUCUUACCCCCAAGGCCUGGCACUAGCCAAACAAAUUGGUAAGUGAUGGAAAAAUGGCUGAAUGUAAAGCAAUUUCAGGAACAAGUUAUAUGCAUCAACUGGGAAAAUUAUAGCAGCGUUCUUCUUCAUGUUCAUAUGAUGAUAAAUAAUGCUAAAUGUUACACGUUUUUAUUAAAGAACUGUUUUGGUUGAAGUCAGUCCUACUGGCAUAACCACUUACUUCCAAGGAGGGAGAGAGACAGAAAGAGAAAGAAAGACGUACCAGUGAUUCCAUGCUGAACCAAACUCUCUCUGUGGCCUGAUCCUCUUCUGUUUACAUCACUACCUAUAAGUGCAGGGGGUCAAACAUCUCAGUAGAUGGGCUGAUGGGAGAAUUUGGGUGGCAUGGGGGGGUAGGAGUGUGCCUCCAUUUGUCGUCAGUUGUUUUAGUCUGGCUAACACUGCUGACGGAAGUGGAGUUACUCCUCCGGUGACAAUGGGCUUUCAUUUCAUAUUCUCUAAUUAAGUGCACUAAUCUGUAAACCCACUUAUCCUCAUCAAUUACAAAAUGGUAUUGUUUUUACCACAUGGCUUUCAUCAUAUACCAAUGCACCAACAUUUCAGCACCUACUGGCUGCCUUUCUCAAGGGUGUCAGCAGGUGGAGUAUUGGUGAUCCCGUGUAGAUAUAGAUUUGUUUUAGGCAGUGCUUGUGAGAUUUGCACCUAGCUGUUUAAUUACAUUUUUGUUUUCUCUCCAUGCAUUGUUAUUAUUUCCUCAUACCCUUUUUCACAUUCAUUCUACUCUCCUUCUGUCUACAGAAGCGGUGAAAUAUAUUGAGUGCUCAGCUCUUACACAAAAAGGUUUAAAGACAGUGUUUGAUGAGGCAAUCCGAGCAGUAUUAAUGCCACCACCUUCCAAACCCAGAAAGCAUCAAUGUACAUUGCUGUGAUUCACAACAUUCGGUAGAUGACUUGCUUUUAACCUUUAUAACAAACUAUGGUUUUUUUUUUCUCAUUUCUUUGUGUUUUCUACAUUCCAUUCCAGCCAUUAAAUGAAAACAGUAACCAGUUUUUAUUAUUACUGAAAAUAAAAGAUUACAUGUCGUACAA